GGGUGCUGAGUGAUGAAUUCUGUCAGUUAUAGAAAACUAUCUGAUUUACUAUCAGAUCACAAAAUCGCUUUAGCCUGAACUUUGACAGUCAAAUCUAAAUUAUGUUCAUAAACUUCUAAGUGUGAUAUUUAUCGAGUAUAUUCUUGACACCUUAUUGCUGAUCCGGGAAUCUAUACAUGGCUAGAAUCAAGAAAUGAGCUUGGGUGGCUUGUAUGAAUCAAUAUCACCACCACCUUGCUGCAUGUUUUAAUGGAAGAUAGCCCCUGACAACUUCCUCUCAAUAGGUGAUAAGUGUGGAUGGCAGGCCUGCAUUUGCACAAGACACCGGGCUAGUGGUGAUCAUUCAAAACAAGUGAGAGAUAAACAUUUAGUUUUCACUGAAUCAUCAGACUGAGGUGACGGAGAUUGUGACAUCUGAUGCUUGUGUUUUCCUGAUUGAUGCAUCUUGUCCACUCACUUAUUACCUUGUUUGGAUGUUGGCUGGUCAUCCAUGCUUGGAUGCAUUCAUUUGCAGCUUUGACACCGGAGUCUUACGUUGACCCGGGAAAUGAUACACCGCUGGAAUCAGGGGAUGGGCUGCAGCAAGUAUCAAGCCUAACAUUUGGUUUUCACUUGUUUUGACAAUCGCCACUAGCCCAUUGCCUUGUGUAAACACAGGCUAGCUGUCCAGGGCUUGUCCUUAUGUGAAGGGAAGGGCAUUUGCUGUUACGCGCCUUGUUACAUGCAUGCGCGAUUUUGGCUCCGGCGCCCGGAAACAAUCAAGAGGUGGGCUGUCAAAAAUGGCUACUCCGCUUGGCAGCCUGUGACUUCUGCUCAUUUUUUCAUCAUUUCCUGGUUUUGGCUGGUUAUCCGCAAGCAUAAAGGGAUAGAAAUGACCCUGUCUCGAUCUGUAUUUGAUAUACUGGUCUUUCCUAGAAGCCUCCCUCACAAGCAACAUCUUGCCAUAUCCUACCCUCCCGUACAAUUUACUAAACCCGCUUUCAACCCCUCCUGCUUCAAUGCAGUCUACCAUCAGCAUGGAUUCAUAUCACCAUUCUUUCGCUCACCAGGCAGGAAACGGCGUCGACGCUUUCAUUCAUCCACCCGCAUAUGUUCCGAGCAGUUUCAUAAACCGAGACCCAAGAUAUGACCUGCUACAUGUCGAGAGUUCUUCUAUUAAUGGGGUAAAUGCGAAUA